AUGCUGAAUCUCCAUCCAUGGCUUGAUACGUACCGUUUUGGAGGUACCUCGCGAGCAGCGCACGCACCCCCAUCAGACACUCGUAUUCUCUUUCUUUGCAUGUUAUAUAUCGUGUCGCGCAUCUACGGCCACGAGUCCAGUCAUUUAUAUGCUACGAGCACCGGGGCUCAACGACCGUCGCAAGUACUUGCACUGGCACGCACGCACGCACUUACAGUAGUCGAUACAAGUUCGCCCCUCUCCCUUCUCCACGGCCUGGGACCGGCUCGCCAAGCCGAUGCUGGGAGCGACAAGCUGCAGUCUAUCGUUCGUCUCGCCGACCCCCACCGGCCUGCCCCUUUGCAUCGUGGGAUUCCAGCACUCGCGGCACCGCUGAGGCACAGCAUCGCCUGCAAGAUCCGCCUCUCCUGUGCAUUGCGUCUCCUGACGCCUCCUGUAUCUGCUCCUGCUGCUGCUGCUGCUGCCUUGCUGCUGCGCUGUGUGCGCUCCGGAGUCUGA